AUGUUGUCGCAAAACCAACCUGACGUCAACACUCUGUUGCAUGGUAUGCGUGUACAGAUUGCGGCGUUGACCAGGCAACUCACUGAGCUACAGGCAAGCCCCCCUGCAGCAACCCCCUUGGUUGAGAAGAAGUUUAACAAGAAGGUCAAAGUCAUUGCUGACCCUCGCACCUUCGAAGGAGACAGAGCACAAUUCGCCAAAUGGUGGAUCAAACUCCAAAUUUGGGUCAAGGCGAACUGGGAUGUGUUUGCUGACAACUUUGAGGUAGCAACUGCGGUGCUAUCUCGACUAAAGGGACCUGUGGCGGUUGAGAUCAAAAAAUGUUUCAAACCGCAAGCUGAGUGUGACUGGGCGCGCCAGCAAAUCUGUUCCUUCAAACAAGCAAAUAUAAGGACGGAUGAUUAUAUAACCCGGUUCCUGGCCCUCUCCAUCCAAGGAGGGCUUGGCAAUGAACACGCAGUAGAACUGCUGGAAUGCAAUGUGAACCCCCGCAUUGCAGAGCAGAUCUAUCUGCAAGACACACAAAACGAGAACUUGGCCCUAGCAGCUGAGGAAGUCCGACGGGUUGGUAGAGACAUGGAGCUCUACGCUAUGCACCAAGGUGGCGGGACCACCACCAAAAACACCUAUUCCCAGAGGAGCCCUGGGUCAUCAAACCAAAACAAACAACACUCUCACGGGUUCAAGCCGUACGGGCUGCAACCAGGGCAGGGAGCCCCAAUGGAUAUCAGCACGGUCCAAGGCGGACAGAAGCGCAGAUUCACGGGGAACUGCUACAAUUGCGGCAAGCUGGGACACAUGUCCUGGCAGUGUAAAAAUGGGGCACAGGCCGCCCAACAAAAAAAUAACCAAGGGCACCAGGUGCGCCAAUUAGAAGCAGAAAAACCGGACAAUUGGCUCAAUUCUUUGGCCGGUUGUUCUUACAACAAAAUCCGGGCCUUCUUCUACGAUCAGCAGGUUGCUGAGAUGAAGGCCCAGGGAAAAGAAUUCGGAGUGUAG